GAGGCCCCCUGGCUUGGCGCUCCCGCGGCGCCGGAAGGUCCCGAGUCUCGGUUCUCGGGCUGUUCUCGGUGCUGCCGGUUCCCGAGGAUCCCGAGUCGGGGGCGGCCGAGCUCCCAGGCUGCGGGUGCAGUGCGGCCCGCCAUGCCCGCCGUGCUGGGGUUCGAAGGCAGCGCCAACAAGAUCGGCGUGGGCGUGGUACGCGACGGCCUCGUGCUGGCGAACCCGCGGCGCACCUACAUCACCGCCCCGGGCACAGGAUUCCUUCCGGGUGACACUGCAAGGCACCAUCGAGCUGUUAUCCUAGACCUGCUGCAAGAGGCACUAACAGAAGCUGGAUUAACCUCCCAGGAAAUUGAUUGCAUUGCUUACACCAAAGGUCCUGGCAUGGGCGCCCCACUGGCUUCUGUAGCUGUUGUUGCCCGUACGGUGGCCCAGCUGUGGAAUAAGCCAUUGCUAGGUGUGAACCACUGCAUAGGCCACAUUGAAAUGGGCCGCCUUAUCACUGGAGCCAUUAAUCCAACUGUCUUAUACGUCAGCGGAGGAAAUACUCAGGUGAUUUCUUAUUCAGAACAUCGUUACCGCAUCUUUGGGGAAACCAUUGAUAUUGCUGUGGGUAAUUGUCUGGAUCGUUUUGCUCGAGUGCUGAAGAUUUCCAAUGACCCGAGUCCAGGCUACAACAUUGAGCAGAUGGCAAAGCGAGGCAAAAAGUUGGUUGAACUGCCCUACACUGUCAAGGGGAUGGAUGUCUCAUUCUCAGGGAUUCUGUCUUUCAUUGAGGAUGUGGCCCAACGGAUGCUGGCCACAGGGGAGUGUACUCCUGAGGAUCUCUGCUUCUCCUUGCAGGAAACUGUGUUUGCAAUGCUGGUGGAGAUCACAGAGCGAGCCAUGGCACACUGUGGCUCCAAGGAGGCCCUCAUUGUAGGAGGAGUGGGGUGUAAUAGGAGGCUGCAAGAGAUGAUGGAGACAAUGUGCCAGGAGCGGGGAGCCCAGCUGUUUGCAACAGAUGAGAGAUUCUGCAUUGACAAUGGAGCCAUGAUAGCUCAAGCUGGUUGGGAGAUGUUUCAGGCUGGACAUAGGACCCCCCUCGGGGAUUCUGGAAUUACACAGAGGUAUCGGACAGAUGAAGUAGAAGUGACGUGGAGGGACUGACGGGAUGAGCAGGAUCAGAGUAGAUAGCUCUCCAAAUAGAGCUCAGAGGGCCCUUUAGUCUCUGCUGAUGUGGGAGUAGGUCUUUGCAGUGCUAUGAACUUCCCUCUUCUGGCAAUUGUGUGGACUCCAUACAAGGUUUGGGCCCCUGUGGAACCUCAAGAUGACUCAGCCAUAAAACUUUUGGUUUUGUA